UAAUGGCGACGCAUGGGCAGAGUUUCUGCGGAGCUCACGAGUUGGUAUAAAGUAGAUCAGGAUACUCUCUCUGUUGAAUUGUUUUUUUUUUUUUUAGAGUGCUGUGACGAUCUCGAGGAAGGGAUAAAAAUAACUGUUCUCUACACUUCAACUACUUCUAUUCAUCUAACGCAACUGUGCGAUUGUAGUCUAUUCUUGAAAGAGGUUUUAAAAGUUCAGAACUCUCUUAAAGCGAACUAAUAACAAGAUCAGAGCUUGUUUUGUUUGUUUGUUGACAACUGUCUAACGUUUCAUUGGAAUUUUCAAUAAUUAUGGCAAAACGUAUCAUCUUUGUUUUCUUGACAAUGGCAGUCACCAGUCGGGUGGGUGCCAGCUGCCCGGCGGUGUGUGAGUGUCCAGCCAUGCCCCUCUCGUGCCCCCCCGGGGUGAGUGCGGUGGCCGACGGCUGCGGGUGCUGCAAGGUGUGUGCCUCCCAGCUGAACCAGGACUGCAGCCCCACGAUGCCCUGCGACCACCACAAGGGACUGGAGUGCAACUACGGCAAUGACGUGACCCUGGCCCAGGGCAUCUGCAGGGCGAGAAAGGAGGGUCGUACGUGUGAGUACAACGGGAGGAUCUACCAGAACGGUGAGAAUUUCCGUGCCGGCUGUAAACACCAGUGUACCUGCAUCGACGGCGUCGUAGGCUGUUCCCUGCUCUGUGCCAACCGUCUGCCCCCCGCCACCCCCUCCUGCCCCUACCCCCGGCUGGUCAGGGUGCCAGGGCAGUGCUGCUUCACCGUGGACUGCCACAAGGGUACCUGGCGCCUUCCCCCCACCAAGCAACAUCGCCAACCAACACAACCCAAACCUCAGCCAGACCAGUACCAGCCGGAUAACACACUGGGCAAUGAGCUGGUGGAGAGAGGCAAGGGCUGGGAGAAUGAACAAGGCUACAAGCACCUGCCUGUAUGGAAGCAUUCGUUGGAGAAGUGUGUUGUCCAGACAACGGACUGGUCCCAGUGCUCACGAAGCUGUGGGAUGGGAGUGUCCUCACGCAUCACCAAUGACAACGCCCAGUGUAAGCUGGAUAGAGAGACGCGCCUCUGCACCAUCCGGCCCUGCGGUGACGUAGCCAUCCCGCCCAAGAAGGGCAAGAAGUGCUCCCCGACUCCAAAAGCCCCAGAACCCAUGCGUCUGUCGUAUGGCGAGUGUCAGAGUGUCCGCCUCUACCGGCCCAAUUACUGCGGCGCUUGUACGGAUGGCCGCUGCUGCUCGCCGCGUCGUACGCGCACCGUUCCUGUGACUUUUGUGUGCCCGGAUGGCGAGCGUUUCCAGAGAGACGCCAUGUUCAUCCAGUCGUGCAAGUGUAGCAAGGAAUGCGGCCAUCUCAACGAAGUGGCCUUGCCACCACAGCACUGGAUGUAUGGAGACACACAUAAGUUCAUUGACUAGCUUGAUCGUGUUGGAACAGAAUCCUCAAACUUGACUGAGAACAUUGACAAGGGAAGGGUGACAUUUUUAAAAUAAAUACCAUGGGCCUUGAGGGUGUUUUUCUCUGCAGGCCUCAAAUAACAGAACUGAGCUUCACAAGGGGCUCUCAGUGAAAACCUGGCACUAUAAUAGCAAACCCCCAAAUAGUAAAGUACUUACUGUAUGUUUGACUGGAGUGGUUUUGAUUGACAGGUCAUCCAUCCACUCCUGAAUGUUCCUCAGACAUGGGUCUGAACUGAGGCCUACAGUCCCACCUGCCAUUUUUGUUUAGUUACGGUAUGACAUAAUGAACAGGACCCAGCCACGAGUUGCUAAGGCCUCCACAGCAGCGACAGAGAGAAACAGACGACAACACAGCAUUGUGUUGUAGAAUAGAAACACAUGAACUUGAAGGAACUGUACAGGGUUAUUUGCUGUAUGAAGUGAUAUGAUGCUUUGCCCACACUAACCAGGGUCAUAUUCACUAGGCACCAAAUGGAAGAAAGAAGUCUGACACAGGGAGGGACAAGCUGAAGUUGUUCAAUAAGAUAUAUACUUGUUUUGGUUAUCCAUUGCAAAACAUUUUGCUAGGGUGUGCACUAAGUCUACAACCCAGCUCUAUGAGGGCUGGAGUGAUACCGAGGCAUCCCACAAUGCACUGAGAACCGUGACUUUAGAAGAUAAGUGACAUCAAGCCUGGAUGGGCUGAAACGUCUUGACGAAGAGACUGAUAAAAUGGAGCAUUUAGCUCAAUGCAGGGUACUCGCGAUAUUAACAUUAUUUAUUCGUAUUCUUAUCCAAAGAACUUGACACUAACUCUCCGCAAUAGAGAGUGACGUUCAGUUUAGUUGGGAUGAUGAGCCAUCUAAAAACAGAGGUUUAUGUGAGAGGUGGUAAUGAAAGAAAUGUGUGUCUCAAAUGGCACACUAUUCCCUAUAGAGUGCACAAAGUAGUUCUCUAUGCAAGGAAUGGUAAUGAUAGAUAGCCUGUCUCCACUGACUGCAGUACUAAAAGGAGCACUGUCUGUAAAUGAGACGUGUUCAGAAAUGACUGGACCAAUACCAAUUCACUUCAAAUGACCUCUAAUCUCUUACCAUAUUCAGUUACGUUUUAUUAGCAUGAACGACAAAGCCACUGUUGCUAAAGCGAAGUGAGAUAAUGUAAUCAACAACAGUAAAAAAAAAAAAUGAAUACAUAAUAAUGAUAAUAAUAAUAAUAGAGAAUAAUCGAUAAUGAAUAACAUUGGCGAAUAAUCUUCAAUAUUAUGUACGUUUGGGAUUCAUUCAUGUAUUGUAUGCUGUUCGUGAAAUCCAAAAAAAACUAUUGCUUAUACAUCUUUAAUGAUGAUUCGUUACUCCAAAACUGUAAUAUGAAAUGUUUUACUAUAAAACUGUAAAAUACAGUACAAUGUCUACUUCAAA